ACAAGAUUUUCCAUCUGAAAUAUUUUAAGUCGUAAUAUUCCAUUGAGAAUUUGCGGGAAUAUUCGCCUUAACGAUUACGCAGUUGUUUGGAACUCCAUUUGGUUGAUUCGCAGCGAUGCUGGACACAAGAAAAAUAGAUUCAGAGCUUCAAACCCAAUUUUUAAUCCCCUACAGCUACGAGGCGACAACCCUUCCGUAACUUAGGUCAUACUAUAUUCGUCUUCUUGCUCUUGGGAGAAAAUGGCGGUGGAUGCCGUCAAAACCUCAUCUUCGUCUCCAUCUUCUUCCCAUUUCAGUCAACCACGCCAAUACUACGUUGCCGUCGACAGACCUCAAUUCAAGAUGGUGACGUUGGUGGAUCUGUUGCGCGUGGCAAGCAAACGUUCUUCCUUGCCUGUAGUGUUGUGCUGCAGCUCUCGCGACGAGCUUGAUGCCGUCUGCUCUGCUGUUUCCAACCUUCCUAACAUUUCCUUAGAUUCUCUGUACAGUGACUUGGCUGAAGCUGAACGCAUGCUGAUAUUGGACAAAUUCCGUCAAGCAACCAUGAAAUUGAACCACAACCCUGCUGCUAAUGCUGAAGUAAACCGUGAAACUGGAAAUGAAGAGCAUGAGUUGUUUAUGAUGGUUGUAACAGAUGCAUGCAUACCUCAUGUUUCUUCGGGGGAAUCAUCUAUUUUUGCUCGUGUUUUGAUAAAUCAUGAGUUACCAACUAAAAAGGAAACAUACUUGAGGCGCAUGGCAACCUGUUCAGCAGCAGAUGGAAUUGUGAUCAACAUGGUUGCUGGGGCUGGUGAAGUGAUGACCCUGAAAAACAUUGAGGAGAGCACGGGUCUAGUUAUAGAGCAGAUGCCCAUAGAUAUGUUUGAGAUACUAUGACGAAGGCCAAUUGCAAUAAGGGACUUGGAAUUUUUCAUGAUUUUGUUGGACAUGGCUAAAAUGGUUUUUUUCGCAUGCCUAGAUCUGUAAUUUUUUCAGCUUGUAUUCCAUCCAUUUGAAGGCAAAGAGUCCUGACAUGGUUGUGCAUGCUAUUUCCAAGAGAGGUUAUGUAGAUAUAAAAUUCAAAUGGUGAGUCGGUUCUGUUGCAUUA